UCAAUCUGUCAAAUAAGCGACAAUCAAAGCCGAUAAAGAAGCAGGCACCUGGAAAAUUCAGUCAUUCAUUAUAAUCUGUUUUGAAAAAUUUAUUUAUUAAACCUUUUUUUAUAAUUCUAUUAUAAUUCGGAAUGAGUAUAUAUAGCCUUAGAGGCUUAAAUGUGCGUUUCUGCCGGCAGGCCUACAUAUUGGCACAUGUGCGGGCAGGAGUUGUUCCGAUGCCGAGCCGCACCAAAUUGAGGUUAAGUUUAUGUGAGUGCAGUGAUCAGCAGCUAAGUAGUAGUCGAGGAUAUGCAAUAAACAACACAGGCGCCACAAUUGAUGAACUAAAUAGAAUAAAGCCAUAUCUUCUUGCAGCCAUAACGCCGUUACGCAGUAGUCACAACAACUUAUAUCAAAUGGUAAAAAAGCGUACACUUGAAGCACGUACCAAAUUGCAGCGUAACAAAUUUCCCAAUAAUCAAGCAUGUGAAGAAGAGAAAAAAAUGAAAAGUACAAAUGUUUGUAAUGACCAAAGUGGCAGUACUGUCUGUGCAUCACCAUCUCCUGGUCCGGCCGCAACGCGACCAUCAACUACCCCAUACAACUCUUCAUCCCCAUCCACUUCCUCAAUACCCCCUUGCAAACCACAAUAUGAAAAACUUGCUAAAGAUCCUUGUCCGUCUAAGCCAGAAGUGCAAAAUAAAACGACGGGCGGCUCUAGGUGUGGCGUAAAAAAUGCUGAAUUACUGCAAGCAAAAGACUGCAAUAUAAGUAAAAGAAAAAAUGUAACUUCUGAAAAGAAGCCAUGUGACGGUGAAGGAGCUGGUGGCUCAAGUAGUAAAAAGGGUGCGCCAAGUGGCGGUUCGAUUAUGGGAGAUGAUGAGGCAACUAGAAAAACUAGAAUGUUACUAGCUUUAUUGGCGGCGCUAGGCCUAGGUGGUUUGCUUUUAUGGUUAUUAACAAGGCGAAAACAAAAGGUCGCCGAYAGCACAGAAUGCGGUACAACUGCAGCGAUUCCAUCUACAGUGCCAGCGACCUCUGCUGAAUUGCCAAAACAUGUACCAUAUUUGCUGAUCGGAGGUGGUACAGCAGGUUUCUCCGCAUUCCGCGCCAUUAAAUCAAAUGAUCCGCGAGCGAAGGUGCUUAUGAUAACGAACGAAUCGCGUAAACCUUACAUGCGUCCACCACUUUCUAAAGAACUUUGGUAUUCAGCGGAGAAGGGUGAAGUUACAAAAGAUUAUCGUUUCAAACAAUGGACCGGUGCGGAAAGAAGUUUAUUCUUUGAACCCGAAGAGUUCUUUGUGGAUCCUACAAAACUAAUGGAAACUGUAAAUGGCGGAAUUGCCGUUGCACAAGGGUUCACCGUCAAAAAGAUUGAUGCAGCCAAACAUAUCGUAACAUUAGCUGAUGGUUAUGAAAUUACUUAUGACGAAUGUUUGAUAGCGACAGGUUGUGCGCCGAAAAGUCUCGAUGUCUUUGCACAAGCUACACCCGGUGUUAAGGAGAAAGUUAUGGUGUAUCGCAGUCCGGAUGAUUUUGAACGUUUAAAACGUUAUGCCGAUGAAAAGAAAUCGAUUACAAUUGUGGGAAAUGGCUUUACUGGCAGCGAGUUGGCCUGCUCACUGGCGAACUAUGCCAAAGAUAAGAAAGUGAAAAUUUAUCAAAUAUUUCCAGAAUCUGGAAAUAUGUCAAAGGUGCUACCGGCCUACUUAAGUAAUUGGACUACUGCCAAAGUGGAAUCAAUGGGUGUGUGUGUCAUGCCGGAGACUUCUAUUAAAAAUGCGCAACGCGAUGAGUCAGCGCUCAAACUGGUGCUCAAUAACGGAAAGAGUCUUUUAACUGAUGUGGUUGUUGUGUGCGUUGGUUGUGAACCGAAUACAAGCAUAGCGUUAACCUCAGGCUUGGAGGUCGAUAAGAGUUUGGGCGGUUUUGUAGUUAAUGCCGAACUAGAAGCUAGACGAAAUUUGUUUGUGGCGGGGGAUGCAUCCUGCUUCUACGAUCCGUUGCUGGGCAGGCGACGUGUGGAGCACCACGAUCAUUCGGUGGUGUCGGGUAGAUUAGCGGGUGAAAAUAUGGUUGGCAAAAAGAAAGCCUAUAAUCAUCAAAGUAUGUUUUGGUCCGACUUGGGUCCAGAGGUCGGCUAUGAGGGUAUCGGCCUUGUUGAUGCUUCCUUACCCACAGUUGGUGUAUUCGCAUUGCCAACACCAAGUCCAGAACGACGUACCGAUAAUUUAACCGAAACAGCUGUUAUGGAGGGUGGCGGCAGUGGCAGUACAGUAACUGUGAAUCCGGAAACACCGGACGUUAAGUGUAAUCCAAAAGAUGCUGACGAAUAUACGCGUGGUGUUAUAUUCUAUAUGAAAGAUGAUAAAAUAGUCGGCAUUCUAUUGUGGAAUCUAUUCAAUCGUAUUGGUUUGGCGCGAACAAUUAUAAAUCAAAAUAAGAAAUAUGACGAUUUAAAUGAAGUGGCGAAACUUUUCGAAAUUCACGCGUAGUUCCGCGCAAUGCAUUAAACAAAUUCGGUAAUGUUUAAUAAUAAUUUGGUUAGGUAAAAAUGUUUGUUACCUUAGUUAAUUACACGUGUAAAUUUGCAAUGUAUAAUUAAAAAAAAAAACGAAAAAAAACAUCAACUACCUUUAAAACUAUGCAUUUCGAUUGAAAUCAACACACACACACACAUAUGAAAGCAAACACCACCGAAAAUGAAAAGUGUGUUGCUUUGUAAUUUAAGGACCCUCGUAGCUGCCAGCAGCAUCGGUCGUCAAGUCUUUGCCGGAAAAAGCAUUUUUAGAAACUUGUUUGGAAUGCAAAGUAUGCACCCAAAUGGUGCACUACUUGCCUAGCAUCUAAGCUUUAUCCAAAAAAAAGAAAAAAAAAAACGAAGUAAAUGAUGGUAUUUGUACACUGCUUUUAUUAUAAGAAAUCCUAAUUAAAACCAAAACACAAAAACAAAUACUUAAAAAAUAUACUUAUUUUUUAUUUGCACAGUAUAGCAAAGUGCACCCUUUAUUUUAUGCCUUAGGCAUAGCUGAAGUAUUUUUAAAAAUGACCAGGUAGUAUAAAUAUUAAAAUAAAAUAGAACUGUUGAAAAUAAA